AUGGUGGCUCGAGUGAAAUGGGGUAGCAUUUACAGAAGGCGGAUGAGAGUGUUUACGCUUACUCUUGUGAUUUACUUGGAUUACAAGGCUUUACAACAAAGAGAAAAAUGGAUCAGCCCGUCUAAAAGAGAUGCUCUUUGGGAGAAGGCUCAUGAGCGGAAUGCUAGGCGUGUUCUCAACGUAAUGAUUGAACUGGAAGGUUUGUGGGUGAAACUUGGACAAUAUUUAUCCACUCGUGCUGAUGUGCUUCCUCGUGCUUACAUAGCACUUCUCAGGCAGUUACAAGAUGCACUUCCUCCUCGUCGCUUGCAAGAGAUUCGUUCUACCAUACAAAAGGAGUUGGGGGAGACCAUGGACGAUCUCUUCUCCUAUUUUGAUGAAACUCCUCUGGCAACUGCCUCGAUUGCUCAAGUCCACCGAGCAACUUUAGUUGAUGGGCGUGACGUGGUUGUAAAAGUUCAACAUGAGGGCAUCAAGGCAAUCAUACUAGAGGACUUAAAGAACGCCAAGGCAAUUAUUGACUGGAUAGCCUGGGCAGAGCCACAAUACAACUUCAACCCUAUGAUUGACGAGUGGUGCAAAGAAGCUCCUAAAGAACUCGACUUCAAUCUUGAAGCUGAGAACACUAGAACCGUAGCUAUUAAUCUAGGAUGCAGGAACAAAGAUGACAUUAACACACAUGACAACAAGGUGGAUGUUUUGAUCCCAGAAGUCAUUCAGUCUGCUGAGAAGGUUCUAAUCUUGGAGUACAUGGAUGGGAUUCGUUUGAAUGACCGUGUAGCCUUGGAAUCUGCUGGUGUUGACAAACAAAAGAUUGUUGAAGAAAUUACACGUGCCUAUGCUCAUCAAAUAUAUGUCGACGGAAUGUUUAAUGGCGAUCCACAUCCUGGGAAUUUCCUGGUGAGUAAGGAAGCUCCACAUCGUCCGAUCUUACUGGACUUCGGGCUUACAAAGAAAAUAUCAACUACUCUGAAACAAGCACUGGCUAAAAUGUUCCUUGCAUCUGUCGAGGGGGACCAUGUGGCUUUGUUGUCUGCUUUUUCAGAAAUGGGUCUUAAGCUUAACUUGGACUUACCAGAGCAAGCAAUGGAAGUGACUAAUGUGUUCUUUCGCACUGCGAAUCCAGCUAACGAUCCUGCAGCAAACAUGAAAACUUUGUCCGAUCAAAGAUCGAAAAACAUGAAGGUGAUCCAGGAAAGGAUGAAACUCAACCAAAAGGAUGUUAAAAGGUUUAAUCCAAUUGAUGCCUUUCCUGGUGACAUUGUCAUAUUUGGUCGGGUCCUCAAUCUUCUAAGAGGACUUUCAACCACUUUGAAUGUUCGCAUAGUGUAUCAGGAGAUCAUGAGACCAUUUGCUGAAUCUGUGCUGCAAGGAUACAUCAGCAAGGCACCAGCAGCAAAUACAGAAUGGAUCUAUGACACACCUGUAAAUUCUGAUGUGGAGGCCAAGUUGAGGCGGCUCUUAGUUGAGCUCGGGAAUGAAGAGAAGAUACUCGGAGUCCAGGUUUGUGCUUACAAAGAUGGGAAGGUUAUCAUCGACACUGCUGCUGGGGUACUUGGGAGAUAUGACCCUCGCCCAGUCCAACUUGAUAGCCUCUUCCCAGUUUUUUCAGCAACUAAGGGUGUCACUGCUGGUUUAGUGCAUUGGCUUGUAGACAACAGGAAACUCAAGCUUGAUGACAAUGUUGUCAACAUCUGGCCGGAAUUUGGAACAAACGGAAAAGAUCGCAUCAAAGUCAAUCAUGUUCUUAAUCACACAUCUGGUUUGCAUAAUGCAAUGGCCAAUCUUAAUGGUGGGAAUCCCUUACUGUUGUGUGACUGGAAAGCUUGCCUGGAACAAAUUGCUCUGGCAGAGCCCGAGACAGAACCGGGUCAGGAGCAAUUGUACCACUAUCUUUCUUAUGGUUGGCUUUGCGGUGGAAUUAUUGAGAAUGCUUCCAGGAAGACAUUUCAGGAGAUACUUGAAGAAGCAAUUGUUAAACCCCUUAAUGUUCAAGGCGAGCUGUAUGUUGGGAUACCUCCUGGUGUGGAAUCCCGACUGGCUAGCCUCACAUUAGAUACCAAUGACCUAAGCAAGCUGGCACAGACCACCAAUCGCCCUGAUCUCCCCUCGACAUUCCAGCCAGAGAGGGUUGGCGAGAUGCUAACCACCAUUCCUGCUCUGUUCAACAUGCUUAUUACUCGUCGUGCCAUUAUCCCUGCAGCUAAUGGACACUGCUCAGCUCGUGCUCUUGCGAGAUACUAUGCUGCACUUGUUGAUGGUGGCGUUAUUCCACCUCCACAUUCCUCGUCUUCAUUGCAGCCACCUCUUGGAAGCCACCCCCACAUUCCCAAACUCGGCCGAAAGAAACCUUCUAAACCAAAAGGAAAGAAAUGGAGUGAAGCACUGGUCGGCACUUCUUCAGACAGGAAACAGAAUGACAAUCACAGUAGUGAAGAUGUUGGUUACACUAAGCUUGCUGAUGACAAUCACCCUAGUGAUGAUGAUGUCCCGGCUGAGAGUGCCAACUCUCACGGCAAGUUGCUUGUUAAGGAAGAAACUCGGAUGUAUAGUAACCCGAGGAUUCAUGAAGCAUUCUUAGGGGUUGGGGAAGAGUAUGGUCAAUUGGCCAAGGAAAAUGGGGCAUUUGGGUUAGGUUUUAGGAGGUUGAGAUCCAAGGACGGAACCUUUCUCGGGUUUGGGCACUCUGGCAUGGGAGGGUCGACUGGUUUCUGCUACCCCAAGGACAGGUUUGCUAUAGCCGUGACAGUAAACAAGAUGUCAUUUGGGUAUGCAACCAGGAGAAUAAUGCAGUUGGUGUUUUCGGAGUUGAAUCUGCCACUACCGGUGGAGUUCUCGCUUGCAACGCCUGGCGAGAUAGAGUCGAGCAUCGGGACACCGCCUCUAAUUAACUAA